UACUAAUGCCAUGCAGAUAUACAAAAUAACAGUAUUUGACCGAUUAUUCUUGAUCGAAUCGUAAUCACUAGCAGUGAUGAAAGGUUACUUCAAUGUUAUGAAUUAUCAAAUGACAUAUUUCUUUUUUCACUUUUCCUUUCUUUGUCGGAUGGAUAUAAUUAGAUAAAUCAUACAUAUAGUCUUAAUUACCAUGUUUAGUGGUUUAAUGCCUAACAUAAAGCUAUACUUUAAUUUCCAGUUCAAAAAUAGGACAUUGACUAAAUUUUCCUCAGUCUGCAGAAACUAUUCGAUUUCUUCCAAUGUUCAUGAACCCCCUUGGAGGGUAUUGUUUUUCGGCACUGAUGAAUUUUCACUCGAAAGCCUUAAGUUAUUGUGUGCUAAGUUGAGGACUGGUACUUUAAUGAAAUCAUUAGGAAUAGUUACCAAAAAAGAGAGUGCUAUCGCCAAAUUUGGAACCAAUGAGAAUCUUCCAAUGUACAAUUGGCCUGUUGAUUUAUCUGAAAUUAAAUCUCAGUAUGAUGUUGGGAUGGUUGUUUCUUUUGGCAAUCUUAUUCCAAAAAAGAUUAUUGAUGAACUGCCUUUGGGUUGUAUUAAUGUACAUGCAUCCUUACUACCAAGAUGGCGAGGUGCUGCACCCAUCAUUCAUGCUCUUAUUGCAGGAGAUACAGAAACAGGAGUGACAGUUAUGAGGAUACAUCCACACAAGUUUGAUGUUGGAGAAAUUGUGCGGCAGUACAGAGUUCCAAUAGGGUGCCAUGAUACUGCUAUUAACCUGGAGAAAAAUCUAGCAAUACAUGGCUCCCAACUCUUGAUGGAGUGUCUGAGGAACUUGAAAAACUGUUUGGUUCAUGCAAUUCCUCAAACGGAAGAAGGUGUUACAUAUGCACCCAAGGUGGUUCCAAGUAUGGCUAAAAUAGACUGGUCAACAUCUGAUGCCAAAGCUGUUAUAAACCUUUAUCGGGGAUUGUCCCAUUUGUACCUUCCAAAGACUGCUUGGCAUGGUACAGUAAUCAGGCUCAAAAAAAUCUCCCUUGAUCCUCUUCCUGUCCAAAGGGAUACAGUACUACACUGCUCAAGUGAUUCUGAAAACUUGAAGAUAAGUGCUGUUGACUUUCUAAAUUCAUCUUCAAAUUCAGGUUUUAACUUUAAUAAAGGUCCCCCUCAUUUAAUGUGUAAAGAUAGUGGAAAGUGUUUUUACAAUACAGAGAGUAAAGUAUUGAGAGUAGUUUGUGCUGAUGGUCAGUCUGUUAUUAUCGAGAAAUUGCAGGUUGGCAGCAAACUCCUGACUGCAAUUGACUUUUAUAAUGGCUACAUGUCUAAAAGGAAAAAAUCUGAAUGGUUCUUCUCCUAAAUCAUGGCUGUAAUACUGCAAUACCUUUAAUUUAACAUAAUCUUUGUCUUUUAAGUUAAGAUGUCCUUUAGUUUCUGUAAUUAAUAUUUUAAGUCCCAUUAGCAGAUUAAUAAUUUAAAUAAAACUUUAGCUUGACAGUUUUUAUUUUAAAACCUUCUGCCUUUUUUCAUUGCAUGUUUUUUUCUGAUAAUUUUCAAUUUAAUUGAAUUAAAAGUAGUUAUUUCCUUGUUCAGAUUAUUUAACAGAUUUUGCCGAU